AUGAUCCCCAGAAGACUAGUCCCCGUGCUCCAGAAAUGCCAAAGACAACUGGGGUCACGGAAUAUACAUUCAACACCUCGAUGCAAUGCCGCCUACUCUCCAACCGUCCGUAAAAUUCGCAAUGGCCAGAGUAAUCAACGAGCCGCCGCUGCGCCCAGGCAAAACCUCAGCGUGGACGAAGCACUACCACCAAUCACGAUGCUCAGUGUCGCCAAAAAGUCAGGUGUCAUUGAUAUAGAACCUGAGAAAGCUCUUGAAUUUCUCCGUGAAUACACUAAAGCCUCUGCAUCCUCAACUGGUGAUUGGGAGCAGAAAUUAUGUGCUGAACAUGGGGUUACACCUUUCGCCCUAUCCAUCCUAUCUGGAAUCCUCAGACGCUGCCGUGCACACCCGCAGAAGAUUUUAGCAAAACGACUCAUGCUCUCCGCCUCAAAACUCGGUGAAAAGUCCGCAACUUUUGAACUUGUCCUCUCAGCAAUCAAGGCCGAUGGUCUGCGUGGGAAUGAAGUACAAGCACCCCUCCAACGUCUAAAUCAGCUAGCAAAGACCGACAAUGAGCCACUGGCCAUGACGCUCCUGGGCAAAGUCCUCAUGGCUCAAGGAAGAGAAAGAGAAGCCCUUGAAUGGCUGCGUAAAGCCACUCAGCCUCCUACCGGGAACAUAGAUUUUGACGGCGCUGGAGCAGCGCUUGUUGAUGAAGGCCGGGCCCUUUUAAAACUUGAGAAACUUGUAGCGGCGAAUGCGGUGUUUAAACAAGCGGCUCUAGAGCUUGAUGAGCCGGAGGCUUAUCUUCAUCUCUCAAACUUCCAGGAGCCUGGCUCGCAAACUCAAACGGAGUAUUUGAUGAAAGCUGCAAGCUCGGGAGUUGUGGAAGCGUGGUAUAAACUUGGCGAGCAUGAAUUCCAAAAGAUUACGAAAAGUGAGCUGAAGCCGGAGAAGAUAGGCGAUUUUGGCAUGGCAAGGGAAUGGUUUCAGCUUGCUGCCGAUGGUGGCUCGGGUUCGGCUAUGUUGUAUAUGGCCCAGAUGUUGAGGGUUGUGGGAAUGGGCGAGGACGGGUUGCUCUGGGUGGAGAGAGCGUUGGAUGUGCCUGAUGUGGCAGACCUGGCGAGGGGAAUGAAGGAGCAGUGGGAGAGCAGGGAAUUUAAUUUGUAUGAUAUAAGUCAAGCACAGGGAUAA